AUGUUGGGGCUCGUGAGAGGCAUGGCGAGUGUUGGAUUAGACUCUUUGGCUCCUGCAAGGGGUUCUACACACCAGCCGAAACGCCUUGGUCGUGGCCAAGGUUCUGGAAGAGGCGGCACUUCUGGCCGAGGUCAUAAAGGACAAAAGGCGCGAAGUGGGAACGGGAAACCCAAAGUUGGAUUCGAGGGAGGACAGACGCCAAUUUCCAGGCGGUUCCCAAAGAGAGGUUUCUUUAAUCAAACCGGCAAAACGUGGGCUCCGGUAAAUCUCGAACGCAUCCAGAGCUGGAUUGACCAGGGCCGAUUGACGUCUUCACCUACACAUCCAAUUACAGCUCGAGAGCUCUUGUUAUCUGGGUGUGUACAUGGUGUGCAUGAUGGGGUCAAGUUAUUAGGUGAUGGCGCCGAAUUUUUGAAAACCGCGAUCCAUAUUGAGCCAUCCCGGGCGUCUCAGAGUGCAAUCAAGGCGGUCGAGGCGCUUGGGGGGAGUGUCAAGUGCAUAUAUUACAAUCCACUCGCUCUGAGAGAUUUGGUCAAGGGAAGGACCGAUCGGAAACGUGCUGCACCGACGCGUAAAUCCGAUAUUGAAUGGUAUUCGAGCUGGAAGAACCGUGGAUACAUGGCCACCCCCCAGACGGCGGAAGAAGUCAAGGUGGCGAAAAAAGCGAUAUUCGCAGGGCCAGGGCCUCGAGUACGCCUGAAGAUGUCGCGAAGCUCUCCUCCACCAACCUCGCUGCGGCGACCCUCGGGCACCUUCCGCACAAGCGUAUUAGGCAACCACAUUGCAGCCCCCCCGCCACCGCCAGAGCCAUCUGAGGCAGACAUCGAGCCAAGACGCCAGGAGCGCAAGUCAUCGCGACAUAGCAUCCGCAUAGAGACUGGAUCAGCCAAUCCACCUUCAAACGCACGUCUUAACACCGAAGAUAAGACGCGCCCGACGUCGGUUGCAUCGUCCGAGUUUGACCCAUACUACUUUUCAACACAUUCCCCCAACCAAUCACGACGCGCCUCGAUCGCACCAGAAGAGACCCCACCAGAUGCCGUUCAGGAACAUCAGUCCACGGUCAAGGCUCGCAAUCGGCUCUCGAUUAACCGCACGAGUUUAUUGAUUCCAGACACUCCUGCCCGAGAUCCGGCAUCUAUCGACCGUCGUGGACUGGUCGGAGUCGGAGAGCUCGCAACCCCGCGAUGGACUGUAGCUCGCGACGCGCGCGUAGUAUCUCAUGGUCAUCACGAACAUCACCAAGAUGGUAUUCAUCCUCCCCAUACACCAGGUGAGGAGGUUCCAAACAGCCCAUGGACUAUCGAAGCUAUAGAGGCUAGUGAUUCAGGUGAUGGCAGGUUGUUAUCAACAAAGUUUCCUCGUUCAGGGCUCGCAACCUCUUCUCGAACGUCACUCUCCUCCAGUGUUUCUGCCAGCCAUCGUCAGGACUCUGGCCAACCACCACUACCUCAGAUCGAGUCCUCCAUGCAUAAAUCAGUUAAACCGAAAAUGUCCAUGACAGAAGAAUCAGGGGGAGAAGAAAUCUUGUAUAAACCCCCACCGCGAAAACCUGCUGCAAGGCCCUCCGUCUCGUCUAUCUCAGGAAAGCGUCUCAGUGGAGUUUAUGCCCAUUAUCGUGAUGGUGCUGGCUCGUCGGUUGACAUUGUUCCAAGCCCGAUUGAUGUUUCAGAACAACCCUCUCCCUCCACAGGGUCCGCGCUUCUACCGCCCCCUUCUGCUUAUGGUCAACAAACAUUCCCUAAAGCUAGGAAGCGCACGUCAGACGAGUUCGCAAUGGACCAAAGCGGCACCUUGAUUUCAAAGACCACGGGUUCCGCGAUAGUGAACCCUGGUGCUGCCGAACGAGAAAAGGAACGCGAAGACAAGAUCUCACGACGACGAAGCCUAGGUGUUGGCGUACCGACCAAGUCCGACCGUACCCCCGGCAAGGAACGACGACGAGGCGAGAGCAUCGCAUUGGGCAUGAGCUCCACCAAGUCCCCACCUGCGAGCGCGACUCCACGCGUGACAGGCGACAAACACGCCCGACAAGCAUCUGCCUCCUCUACGUCAUCUUUCCACGAUAUCACACAUCCACGACGCCACGACUUUUCGCAUCUCCCACCAUCCCCGUCGACGAGCUCUAUUCAACACUUCAUGAGGCACGGAACCGCUCCCCCUGCACCCAAUACGCCCCCGCUCCCUUCCCACCAGUCCUCUCCGGCUGUGGCGCACUCGCUGCUACGUGGAACUCAGGAGGGAUGGGCUGCGCUAGAAGAUUCCUCUACCGCCGAGGCGCUCCGCAAGCUUGAUGGUCUAUCUGGGAAAAGUGUGCGUGCUCGUAGUUCGGUUGGGAGUAGCAGUCGUCCUAACACUCCGGGCAAUAACAAGACUGGGCGCUUGUCGCACGCAGGGAGCAAGGAACAACUUGGAUCAAUAGUUGGUCAAGAGGCAGAUCCCCCUCCUCCCCCAGAGCAAGUUGUCGCUGCUAACACAGGAGCUGCCGAAAACCGACGAGCAGGGACGGGCCGCCAGGAACGCGGGCUAGUAUGGGUCCGCCAACUCCGAAGCGAAGUUCAGCCUCUUCCACAACUUUCACCGGUACCCCAACAACAGGGUCCCGUGACUCGGCCUCUCUUUCUGCUGCAACAAGCGCCACCUCAAUGUCCCUCUCCAGCCGCAAGCUACGAAGAAAUAGUGCAGGCAGCGACGCCUGAAGAAGAAGGCUCGGGCGCCGACAUCCCUCCUGUCCCACCUUUGCCGAAGGACUUGAGCGCGUACAGGACACCACCCACAGCGGUUGGAAUCGUAUUCCCCACUUCGAGCUCAGCAGACGACGGCGGUGCUUCGACAGAUGAUCCCGACAGAACUGUUGUAUUCCCGAGCAUGACCAUCACCUCCCCAACAUCCCCUCCUGUGGCUCAACGACAGCCUUCCAAGAAGUGGAGCUUCUCUAACGCGCUGAAUCUCAGGUUGCCUGGCUCGGCUGGUUCUCCAAAGGAGUUGGGGUUGCACAUUGGCCCGGGAACGCCUGGCAAGGAGAAGGAACAGUGGACCAGCAAGGGAGAACAACAUCAGCCAACAUCUCAAAAGGAUGCCUACUCUCAACACUCGAUUUCCCAAAGAACACCUCGGUCUCAAGGGUCAGUCUCAUUCAGCGCUGGACACGGCGAGAUAGAUGCCUCCGAGUCGCCCUCGGAUUCGUCUCCUCUUACUGGCGGUGGAGGAAGCUUGGAGAACUGGACUGCAGUGGAACACGAAUACUCUCCAGGCGCGCACGACUUUUCGCCAAGCGCUCCGGCAAGUGCAAUGGGAGAAUAUCAUUCGUUUUCGAGGGUCAUGGAAAGUGCACACAACUACCCGAAGACACCCGACGCAAACACCCAGGCCUUCCCAAGGACACCCGAGACAGCGCGCACUCAAGCUUACCCACGAACACCCCAAGGGAGCCAUCUAUCGGCCGUACCCGAAGGAUCUGUUCGACAUGGACCGCGAACUCCGGACGGUCAUGCAUCCGAAGCGCAAAGCAUGUCGAGCUCAAGUACACUCGAUACUGCUGCACAGGUGGUGAGCAGCCCAUCACCCAAGGUGCCACGGAGAUUGACUCCCUCGUCUAUUCCUUUCUUCCGCCGUUCCUCGUCUCACUCCAUCCACCAGGGUACGCAGCCCAUUACCAUCUCUCAUCGUCACCAGCAGCGCGAUCGUGAGGGUUCCGUGUCGCCCACGUUCCCAAUGCCACAAAGCCUGACUCAUCAGGCCUCGUCCCACUCGGUAUCAUCUAUGGCAUCUGAGUCUGGAUUUUCUCAAUCCGGUUACUCGGGGGUGUCUGGGCCGCCGAGCGCUUCCAAAAAGACGAGCGUGCUCAACCUCGGUUCAUUACUCAAGGGGUCCAGCUCGCGGAAGAGCAUGGGUGGUAGUGGUGAUAAAAGUGAUGCUAACAAGUCUGGGAGGAAAAAGAGAGGAAAAAGAAGGACGACAAGGAGCGCAGCGAGAGCAGAAUUUCGGCGCUUAUGGGAAGAAAAGGGGCAAGGUCAGUCUACUACUGUGCUACAGAGAACCUUGGACUAUAUAUUAAUCUGGGCGAAUUUAGACCAUCUCGUCUGCGGAUGCAAAGCGGGGAUCAAAGCCAGUGAACCUCCCACCAAUGCAGAUGUCGAAUCUACCGGCGUCUACUGUUCAACGUGUGGCCAACCUCAAGUCCAGCAGCUCGCCUUCGUCUGUGACCCGAGCAACGCUUUCGUCUUCCAACCGCUCGCAGCAUCUCCGGCCAGCAACAUGAGCAAGGCGUCCGACGCAUCCCUCCGAAGCACCCGACACCAUCUUCCUACAAUCGCCGGUUCGCCAUCGGUUGGUACAGGUGGUCAACACUCAAAAGAACGGGAAGGAGUGAGCGCCAUGUCCAAUGUGACUGUCAAGGAUACACCCACCAAAAUACCGCGUAUGUCCACUCAUCGCACGCCAGUUCAUGCUUCGCCAAUCAAGCCUGGACUAAAUCCUUUUUCCAUCCCCCUUGUAGGCUCUCGCCGCACGAGUUUGAACGUUACGGGUCUCGGCACAGCGCAGCAAUCGGCUCAGACUCCAUCGAGAGACACCUCGCCGUCCGGCCAAAGCUCAAAUACGAACGAGUUUGGGAUGGUUUCUUCCAACGAGACCCCCAAGCCCCACUUUGCGGGCGCAAGUCAGUCGGUCAACCAUCGCUCCUCGGUCCGUGCAUCACCACAGUCCGUCUCGCGUGUGCCACGCCAGUCACUGGUCAACCUUCCGAUUACCACUGGCAAUUCGUCUUCGUCAUCCUCAGCGGCUACGCCAUCUGCCAAGAAGUCCUCACAUCCAGUAUCGCUUAGCAGUCUCCGCAAGUUCUCGAAUAAUUCCACCUCUGUGAGCGCCGGUUCUACUUCUAAUGGAGGAGCAAAAGAAUCCCAUCACUCACGCCUUUCCAUUCUCUCUCCAACGAAAUUGAAGUUUUUGAGCCCCAAGGUGAAUUUGCCUGUCACCCGAGUCACGGAUACGUCUUCCAGGAGCAUUGUCCCUGGGACACCUUCGUCCUCAAGGCAGUCCUUGUCAACACCGUCUCCUGUACCUCAGGAAGUUGAUGAUGAGGAAGUUGCUGGUGAUGAGGAAAUGAUGGCCUAUAUCAAGCGGCUGCAUGCUCGCAAGCUCGCUGCCGGCGCUAAGCGUGAGGAGCUAGAGGACAUGCUCAAGUUCCCUGAACCGAUUCCUCCUAAGGCUGGAUUAAGCCCUGCUGAUUUGCUCGCUUCGUCCCAAAAUGACUACUUGUGUCAGUACGAGCGCAAGGAAGUGAUGGACUUUGAGCGCGCCUACUAUGUCGGCCAAGGCAGCAAGAAGAACAUGGCCACCCUUGAUCAUUCCACAAACAACUAUGGCUACGAUGAUGAACGGGGCGACUAUUUGGUUAUCAAACAUGACCACCUCGCGUACCGCUAUGAGAUCAUAGAUACGCUAGGGAAGGGCUCAUUCGGACAAGUGCUUCAAUGCCGUGACCACUGCACCGGAUUGUCGGUAGGAAUCAAGAUCAUCCGUAACAAGAAACGGUUCCACCACCAAGCCCUCGUUGAGAUCAAGAUUCUCGAAAGCCUCAAGAAAUGGGACCCCGAGGAGAAGAGCCAUGUUUUGAAGAUGAACGAGUAUUUCACAUUCCGCAACCACUUAUGCAUUGUUACCGAGCUGCUCAGUAUCAACUUGUACGAGCUCAUCAAGGCCAACGGGUUUGCUGGAUUCACUACAGCCCUCAUCCGCCGUUUCACGACUCAAAUGCUUGCGUCGCUCGUGCUGAUGCGCCAACAUAGAAUCGUCCAUUGUGACCUCAAGCCUGAGAGUGCCUUGAAGGUCAUCGACUUUGGUAGCAGCUGCUUCGAGCAUGAAAAGGUCUACACCUACAUUCAAAGUCGAUUCUACCGAUCCCCAGAGGUUAUUCUUGGGAUGAAUUAUCAUAUGGCCAUUGAUAUGUGGAGUCUUGGAUGCAUCUUAGCCGAGCUCUAUACUGGCUUCCCCAUCUUCCCUGGCGAAAACGAGCAGGAGCAACUUGCGUGUAUUAUGGAGGUCCUCGGGGUUCCUGACAAAGACUUGGUUAACAGAAGCUCAAGGAAGCGUUUGUUCUUUGAAAGCAACGGACAGCCACGCCCUGUUGUCAACUCCAAGGGCCGUCGUCGCCGCCCUGGUUCGAAGACUCUUGCUCAAGUCCUGCGUUGUGACGACGAGUUAUUCAUUGAUUUUAUUGCCAAGUGCUUGAUAUGGGAUCCGGAGCGUCGACUAAAGCCUCAGCCUGCGCUCCGUCAUCCGUUUAUCACCGCGGGCCGUCGUCCUAAGAUUACUAGCCCUGCCCCUGCUAUCAGCUCGCGCCACAUAUUUACCCCUAGCUCCUCAACUUCGACUGUAACCAGCUCACGCUCAAAGCCCCACGCGACUCCUCAAAAGUCACAAAUUGGUGCUCCCACCCUCAGCUCUCGAAUCGCCCGUGUUCCUGCCAGCUCUACCAACGCCUCAGUACCCCAGACACCUACCUCUGCAUCACACACCACCAACCAGGGUACAACUCCUUCUCAUCGAUACCGCGUCCCUGCAUCGUCUUCAUACUCUUCGCGAACACUUGCACCUACAUCAUCCAAUGGCUAUGCGCAGUAA